GAGCCAGCAGCAAAACUGAAAGAGGAAGGCUAAGAGGGGAGGAAGAGCUGCAAAAGACCUUCUCCUCAUGGAUUAAUUCGCUAUACAACCAAGAAAGAUGACUAGGAAAGAUGACUUUUGGUCUGAGGAAGCCUGAAGCUGGCAGCAGGUCAAACGCAGGAUUUUUGGCUUCCUGGAGAAAAAGUAGAAAAUGCAAAACGAAAUAAUAAAGCCUGCUAAAUACUUCUCAGAAGUGGAGAAGAGUGUGCUGCUUGCACUGGUUGAAAAGUACAAAUAUGUACUUGAGUGUAAAAAAAGUGAUGCAAGAACUAUUGCCCUGAAACAACGCACCUGGCAAGCUCUAGCUCAUGAAUACAAUUCGCAGCCCAGUGUAUCACUGCGAGACUUCAAACAGCUAAAGAAAUGCUGGGAGAAUAUCAAGGCACGGACAAAAAAGAUAAUGGCACAUGAAAGACGGGAGAAGGUAAAAAGAAGUAUUAGUCCACUUAUAAAUACUCACAUCAUAGGGAAGGAGAAGAUUGCCAGCAUAAUGCCUGAGCAAAUGUACUUUUUGCAGAGCCCACCAGAAGAAGAUUCGGAAUAUCACCCCGAUGCUUCUAGUCAAGAGUCAUUUGUCAUCUCAAGUAGAGAACUUUGUGAGGAAGAGAAGGAGCUGGUACAUUUCCCAGUGUGUGAAGGUACCUCCCAACCUGAGCCUUCGUGUUCUGAUGUCAGAAUAGCAGCGGAUAAGAACUACAGAAGUAAAGCGUCUCAGGAAAGUGCUCUGAAAAAGAUGCACGAGGAAGAGCAUCAUCAGCAAAUGUCAAUUUUGCAACUGCAGUUAAUCCAAAUGAAUGAAGUUCAUGUGGCAAAAAUACAGCAAAUAGAAAGAGAGUGUGAGAUGGCUGAAGAGGAACACAGGAUAAAAAUGGAAGUGCUAAAUAAAAAGAAAAUGUAUUGGGAGAGAAAACUGCAGACCAUCACAAAAGAGUGGCCUGUAUCAUCCUUUAACAGACCCUUUCCUAAUUCACCAUAGAGCAUAAAGUGGCAGAGUCAGUCUGACUGAGCACAUUUCUAAGUAAUGCGCACUGGAAAGAGGGUGUUUUAAUGUGAAUGUACAGUGACAGGAUAGGUGCCCAGCUGAUAGGGAACACACUUUGAUGCUGAACAUUUAGGGAAACACUGGUAGAGUCUGCCAAGGGCAGAACGGUACUGUUCAUUUGUAGGUAAUCCUGACUUUUGUGACUUUCAGACAUACACAGUGUUCUAAAAUGUGACCAUAUUUUCUCUCAGAAUACCCUAAUAUCCUUUGAAAUUUAAGGUGUUCCGGGUCUUCUUUCAUUGGGUAUUCUUGAAAAAAUGUAACAGCUUUAAACAUCAGGUUAUAGUGUUUAUUUUGGUUUCCAGCUCUUCAUAUCUACCAUUUCCUAAAUAAAAGCAAAGGUUGCUCUCAGCUAUUGAGAGAAAAAGUGGCUGACAGAUGUUAUGCUGGAGCACAGAAAAACAAAACAAAGCAAACUUUUAGCCUCUGGUUAAUGUAGUCUGCAACCUACUCUUCAUAGAAGAUGUGAAAGUGAAGGAAGUAGCAAAAGCAACACUGUAGGAAUUGAGCACUUUGCUUGUGAUUUUCUAUCUGGCUGGCUGAUUGAGAGAAUGGCUGUGGAGUGGCCCUCGUGUUCUUUGAGCCUUGACCCUUAUGAAGUUGUAAAGAAGGUGACUUCUUCCUCAGAAGCCCCUGUGCUUGUCCUCUCUUUUCCAGGCCUGUCUUGUAUUCAAGUAGAAUACUGAAAUUGGAGGGACGCGUGCUGCUGCCGAUGCUGUGUGCUCAGCACAUGGAAUCGUUCUGAGGGGAAGAGCUUUUUAACAAUUCGUAAAGCUAUUAAAACGUAGCAAGUCGUCUAGUCCAUUGGCAAAGUUUCCCUCUGUCUCCCCAUGCAAUACUUAGCACCUAACUGGAGUAUUUCGGCCUUGCUAGAAAGAAGGCUAAGACUUGCCUUCUUAGCUUUGGGUGGUAAGCUAGGGGAUUAUUCCUGUUUUGGAGUUCUGUUUUAUUCUGUCCUGUGUGUUAAGGUGGUGUAUUUCUUUACUUUGCUGUCAGUGAGAGGUGACAGAAAUGAUUUGUAUGAAAGCAUUCUCGUGAAGGCCCCCACAGAGUCUGGGGGCCCAGAAUAGUCGAUGGUAGGAAAGCACAAAUAAGGAUAAUCCUUCCUCAGGCAAUCGUUUGUUCUAGUGGGGCAAGGGUUAAGAAAAUGUGAAAUACAGAACUCCAUAAAGAUUCAUAAGAUCUUCUGAUGCGUGAAACGCUGUUUUGUAGGAAGCUGUACGGCCAACAUUUGAAGCAGUGAAAAAAAAUGAAGGAAAGCAUAUAUUUUCAAUGAAAAUCCCGAGUAUCCCGUUAUUCAGUAAUGUAUUUUUAGGUCACGAUUAAUAAGGUCACAUCUAAACAAGAGAGCAACAUAUUUAAAUUAGGGUAUGGCAGAAAACAUGCUGUUCUUCCCAGUAACACUCCUGUUUCUUCUCUGGAUAUUCUUUCUGGUGCAAUUUGUUUCGGGUUUGGGUUUUGGCAGUUGGUCUUGCUAUUUUUUUUUUUGUUAUUAUUAUUUUCCCUUUGAACUCCUUUCCCUGCUGGUGAUUCAUCUUUGCAAGCACUGCCAUUAUCAACCACAAUGCUCACAGUGGUUAACGCUGCGGUACAUGCACUGCUCCCUUCAACGUGCUAACACCAGCAAAUGCAAAGGGAGUGAUUUAUCGCAACUUAUUUUAUAUUACGGAGGGAAAAAAAAAGGCUAUUUUUGCAGAGUUGCUGCAGGAUCAUAGAGCAGGUCGUGUAUGAAAUCUGAAGACAAAUCUUUUUGACAGGAGACUCGGUUUUCUUAUAAAUUGGCUGUAUGAAGGAAGCGGAGGACUCCCAAAGGAAGAUAUAAUUAUGGCCCCCCCCCCCUUUUUUUUUUUUUGUCUGCUGCAUGGAAACAAUAUUGGAAGGUAGGACAAUGAUGCACAGUAAGGGUAGAGGCAAAAGAAAGCAGGGAACGGGAGCGAGGACCUUUUUGUUCUGAGGUUGCAUUCUGUGUUCUGGAAGGUGAGUCGGUUACUUGAGUGGUUAUGACAACUGUUUAGGCACCAUCCAGAAAAGAGAUACGAAAGAUAUUUCUCUUAGCCAGUGACAGGGUUCUUUCCACACUGCUCCAAAGUGAAAAUAAUUCAAAACUCUGUCAUUAAAACUAAGUGUGCUAGGGUGCCAAAGGUGACCAGUGGAGACAAUUUCAGCAAUGUGAAGAAAGCAAGGAUGGAGGGACAAUCCAGGUCUAAAUAGCCUUGUGGUGAGGUAUGAAUAGUCCAGAGAAAAUCAAUGAUAUUUGAGAUAAGGGUGCUUUUGACUCCUGGAAGCUAUAACAUUGCUCAUGAAAGAUUGUUUUAUUUUUGUAUUUAAAAAAAAAAAAAAGUCAUUUAAAGUAUGCAUGUUUUCAGACUGUUUUCAGGCAAUGUCUUUAUUUUGGUACACAUACCUAUUCUGAACCCAAAAGUUACAGCUCUUAGGCUGAACAAUAGAACCUUUUAAUUCAGCUUCUACUUCAAAGAAAGAAAAUCAUGGGAGAAAAAUGAAAAAGAACCAAGAUGAAGAUACAAAAGAAAGAACACACACAGAGGAAGAAUGGGCAUGUCACACCUAACUCAAAUGAUCCAAGAUGCUGUUGUGGUGGGCUUACAGAAGACCCAGGUUUUUGUUUUCCCAUCUGUGGUUGACUGUUGGCUGCUGUAAGGUUGGUUGAUAGAAAAAUGUCAAAGAUCAACAUGAUGAAGUAAUGUGUCUCCUUGCCAGGCUUUCACUUCUCCACCUAAUGGCUUUAUAACGUGAUUGCUGUGAUGGAGUUUAAAUGACAUGAGAAAUGCGGGGUUUUGUUUGCUUGUUUGUUUUCAGUUCCUCUGGUUUUAGGUUUAGUCUUUUCUUUUGUCCAACUUUUCUUAGUUGUAGUAUCGCCCUCCCAGAAAAUGUCAAUUUGUUCCUCUGACUUUUUUUUAGGUUACAUCAUUCAGAUACUUUUCAUAUCAUUGUGUUUUCCUAUUAAACAUCUGGCCAAACUAAAUAGGCAUUUUCCCAACUUUUUUCAAAUAUAAACUACAGCUAAAAUACCUAUUCUUCUCUGGAUUUGUUAUAAAGUUGUUGGCAAGAAUGAAAUUAAAAGGCACUGGGCCAAACGCUCCCUGUUUAAUUCCAUAAGAAAAAACACACCAGGCAGAUAUGGAUAUUUCUCGGACUCUGUUCUUAGGAAGACACUAGCACUGUCUCUCCUUGGAGAUCACCUAACUUAUCUGAUAUAAAUCAUCUUUGUUUGAUAAGUUUUUCCUUUGCAUUUCUUCCCUACAUCUGCUCCCCCUUUUAUUAUUAUUAUUUAUUUUUUUACUACCAAUAUGUGCAGGAGAUUUCAUCCAGAGUUAUACACUAUGCUCUUUUCCAUCUCUUGGCCAGGCUGCCUAUAUCACAUCGUGGUUGCUCCUCACAGGCAUCUUCCACAUCCACAUAGCGUAUGGUCACUUAGCCUUUUCUGCACAUCUGCCCACAUGGUUCUGCAUUUUGGGCAUAGGCUAGGAAACACAAAAGAGGAUUUUGGAAAGGGGUUAGUGUAGGGAAAGGCUUGUACAGGGAGAAGCACUUUCUCCCUCCCAGCUCUGUGUAAUUCUAGGGGGACAGUCUGUGACUACAAAGUCAUGAGGAUCAGAGGUAAUGCAGGAUGCUCAAGCUGUGUAGUUGGUACUUAUCCUUCAUAAAUCCUUGGGGUUCAUUUAGGUUUGGGGUUUCUGGUAACAAAGUUCCUUCUUGCUAGGUAGCUGAAGAGUCUCUGAAAGAUUUUCAGAGCCUCACCUCAAGGCUCUUGACCUUGACAAAGAAGUAACCCCUCCUGCAGCCCAUGGUCGUACUUCCUUCAGGGCCCAAGCUGCUCUACCACAGAGCAAGGGAUCUUGCUGUUUACCACAGAUCCUCUCCGUGACACUUCUCCCUACACAGUAGAGAUAUCUCUAGCCAGGGCUAAAUGUCCAGCCCUCCUGGGCCAUUGCUCAGAGAAGAUGUCCAUGCUGGGGGCAGGUGCAGCCAGUGGGGCCUAGCUCAGCACUAGGGCUGAAGCAGGCCUCUUGCGGCCCCGUGAGCAGCAAAAUGCAUCGUGGCCCAGGGCUACCCUUUUCUGAGUUACACCACAUCUUGUGCAGCUGAGGAUGUAGUCCUGGAUUUUGUCUGAAGAUCAUUUAUCUUUGCGUGUUCGCAAUACUAAAUGUUCACAGUCUCCCAAGACUUUGUUUUUUUAUUGCUUAUAGCUACAGUGGCUUUUACAACGCAUCCUCUUCAUUCUUCCACACUUACAUUUUAAUGCUUCCCUUUCCAUUCAUGCUGAAUUUCUGUAGUCACAGCACUGUAUUUGCAGCUGUUUUUCUCAUUAUAAGGUUGAAGUGAAAAAUUCCUACACAUUUAUAUAUUGUUACUUUGGGGGUAGGUGUAUUACAUGUAAAUCUUAAAAUAACAUUUUUAUUUAAGCAAGUAAAGUCCUGUGAUUUCAUAUUUUGAGCUAGCUUGUUCAAAGCUGUUCUUACAUAACUGAUACAUCUGUUUUUUUUUGUUUUGUUUUGUUUUGUUUUGUGUUUCAUUCUUGGCUGUCUUUUCACAAUAAUUUUCUAUUUCUUCUCAAAGGAGUUAAAUGCAAAACUCACAUAUCAUGACUCUUCCUGAACUUCGUCUCUAUUCAGAAAUGUUUCUGUGCAAAGUCAGUACUAACAUGUACCAAAAUUAAUACAUUUAGGUUAAUGAAAUAAAUCAAGUAACAAGCUGAUGGGAUAAUGCGCAGAAGAGAAAUAGGGAAAUAGAGAGAGAUGUAAUAAAAAGAAAAAGGUUGUUGUCAUCUAUAAGCAUAGGAUAAUGUAUUUUUACAGUAAAACCAAGCAAUGACCUCUGUUUCUGGUAUCUGAGAAUAACUUCUGUGCAGCUGAUUUACAAGGGAUGUUGCCUCUUAGGGUUUGUUGGUUUUAUUUUUUGUUUGUUUGUUUGUUUGUUUUGUUUCAUGGAAUUACACAACUAAGAUAUGCAUAUAGAAAUGUAGACAGAUUUCUGGGCCUAAAACAAGAGCAAUGAAACAAAAAACUCCCAGCUGUGGCCCUGAGCAUUUCGCUGCUCUGGUGAUGAAAGGAUUAAGCAUCCCACGUAAUUAGUCAUGUUAAUAACACUGAACAAAUUAAAAACUUACAAAGGCAAUAAAUUAAAUUAAAUUAAAUUAAAAUAAAUGCUAGUACAGUUUUCAGAGUCAGAAGUGAAGACAGUUCUUAGCUGUCCUAAGAGAUAACACUCAUGUAUGUCAAACAAUUUCCGUGCAUGGCCUUCACCUUUCCUGAUCACUGUUGCCCUUGAGGAUCUGGACACCUCCAUCACACCAUUGGCAGCUCCAAGUGCCUAACAAGAAAAGUGACCGUGUCAAGUAGGAACUCUGCCACAAUUAUUAGGCAUCGCUCCUCAGUAAAGUGAAUUUGGACAAUUUUUUGAGCCCACGCUAUCCAGACACACAUGCUAUGCACUGAAGAAAAGCAUGUGAAAUUUGUCCAGCAUGUAGCCAGCCAAAUGGCAUCAGCUAUACAACAAGGAAAAGGAAAGGAUUGUUUGCCACAUGGCUUUGGGUUAUAAAACUUUUUUGUUGAUGAGGGAGUGUACAGUGUAUCUUGCUGGAUGGUCAACCUAUUUAACAGUGAGAAACAAUCACUUUUCCCAAAUCUUUUAACUCACCCUAGUUCCCAACCCAUUAAAACAGCCACAAGGGAAAAAAUAAAAUAAAAUAGAAUUCAGCACUCAUGAUAGCCACAAACAAUCUUGCCUCAUCAGAAGAGCUGGCUAGAAAAAUUAAAUUAAAUUAAAUUAAAAUCUACACUAUAUAAGCACAUAUAUUUAGGGAGAGAACUCUAACAGAAACAACACAAUAGAUUUUUAGACAGUCCUUAAUUAAAUAAUGUGUUCUUAAAAAAUGUUGAUUGAGCUUGUUUUCCCUGUGUUAUUCAGUCCAGCUGCAGAAUAGUUGUGUGCUUCACUUUCUGACUGAUUGUUAGAGCACCUAAUUAAUCAAAUUCGUUUGGCAAGAGAGAAGGAGGUUUGCGUUCAGCACAACCUAAGAUUGAUUGUAUUCCACCAGCCUUCAGAUAUUUCUUCUCAGAUACAGGGGCUGUUCUUGGACAGUCCUGGGUUGGAAACUGGCAUUAUAUGCCAAUUUGGUUGUAGUUUAUUAUUUAUAUGGCACUAAUGAGGUGACAUAUAAGCUCCUCAUGCUCCGCCUAUCAUUUGGUCAUGUGUAAAACCCUUCCCUUUCCUUACAAUUACACCAUGAAUUGUACCGAACCACAAGUGGACCAGCUGAAUCCCCAGUAUGUACUUUGUGCCACAGCGAAAUGUGGAGGCAAAAUUCUGCUUCUGUUAAGUUUUGGACUUUUGAUAUUCUGACCUGUUACUCUGACUGACGUUUUGCUUAAAAUUGCUUUCUUCUACGAGAUACCUUUGUAUUCCCACAGAACUGUCCUUCAGUUCAAUGAGCCUCCUGGCUUGAGAGCUUCUGAAUUCCAAGCCUAUUGGCUAUACGAAGUCUGAAUUGACACACACAUGUGAUAAAUUCUGUUUUUCUGAAAAAGAUUUUGUACAUACUGUCACAUACUGAGACUCCAAAUACAAAUUUGGAAGACAGUAUGAUGGAUUUGGUAUUUAAACCAGCACUAAAAUUAUGGCAGGCUGGGAGUUAUCACUGCUGACCUAAUACAGAGGUUCGACCACUGCUUGAACAAUGAUAUCCAAUCCAAAUACUGCCUUACCUCCAACUUUCCAUCUUAAAUGAGGUGUAAUGAGAAGUACUUGCCAAAUAAAGCUGCGGUAGUUUCCAAAAUGCAUUUGUUUUGAUUUGGUUUGAUUUCAAGUACUGCCUCUGCAUAAGGGCUCUGAGACUAGGCCGGGCUUUAUGAUGCACGCCAUUGCUGGCUGAUAGCUUAAGAAGGCUUCCCACGUGGAUUUGGUCCCAUUCCUCUUGAAUGCAAUCCUGUCUCAUGGAUGCACGCAGUGGUGAUGAGGUGAUGCUGGUGGGACUGUGGGGAAGGAUUCCAGUUCUCAAGUUGCCUGGCACUGAAGUGUGCCUGCAUCUUUUCCAAUUACCAAAUCAGCAGUGGUGGAUGGAUUUGUAUAAAAAAUGAGGGUCUUCAGCCAGUGGGACAGUCUUUGCUAAGUGUAUCGUUGAGGUGCCUCGUCACACCAACAAGGUGGCAAGUUUAGAGGUAUGAUCAAUAAAUGACCACAACAGUACCUGCAUCUGUCUCAGACAUUUACAACAAAUUCUUGGUUAAAUCAUACAUUUACUCCUCUCAUGGAUGGUAAAUUAAUUGCUUGUUUCCAUUUCACACUUCCAUAGUCCCACUGAAGCCAACAGGUUUCUCUGGGUGUUGCCGUGAGUUUGAUAGAGAAGUCGAGAUCUCAGCCCUCAUUCUGGUCCAAACCCCACAGCUACUAGGGCUGCUUGUGCAAACCUGGCACAAAGGCACUGUCAGGGAGCCAGCCUGGAAAAGUCAGGCAGGGAAAAAGCCUGACUUAGGCUUGAACCCUUCCCCUACACACAAUGUGGGUGGCUCAAGCCCCAUGGUGCAGCAGACUCAAGCCCGCACACCCUCACAACUUAAAAGCCAGCCUGGGCGUAGUAACUGCAGUGGUUUGUUUUACUGAUCUGUAAAAGAUGGCUUCAGGUGGUAAGCAAUUUUCUUUAAUUGUUGUAUAUUCAAAUCCUCCAAAUCAUGGGAUAGGUUACAAUUAUAUCUUGUCAAGUGCUCAACUACCAAGAGCAAUAAAUUAUCACAGAUUCAGUCUGACAGAUUGAGUUUUCUGUUAGGAUUUGGUUAAUGGGUGCAGUAUAUAUUUCACACAGGCACACUCACCUCUUCCUUGUAAAAUCUUUGCUACUUCAUCAAAUUAUUUUGCAUUCUUAAAAAAAAAAAAAAAAAAAAAAAAAAAGAAAGAAAAAUGCCCACACCUAUGUUGUCUAUAUAAAGCUGAACACACCCUUCAUGGAUAUAUAUAAUUUCAACAAAAUGAACAAUAGAUUUAAUAUUUGUCCAAUAUUUCAUAUUUUCAGCUAUAUGUGUUGUUUUGUUGCUUAUUUUUACUUUCCACAUUUUUUCCCCCUGAAGAGUCUAAGGUUAAAUAAUGAAAGAUCUGAUCUUCAGGUUCUAGAUAUGUGAAAGUCCUGGUGUUUUAGAUCUGUACCUGAGAAGGUUCCCCAGAGCCAGAAGGCAGAGUCCUCAUAGCUUUCUUCUUGUGGUUGUAUUUCUGGACUUCCAGUCAUAACGUGCACAAGCCAUUUUAUCACCAACUAGCACCCAGCCACACCAGCAUGGAUGCAGGACCUGUUUUUCAGAGUUGCUGACCUGGUGGGGCUCCCACUGUCUUCAGCAGGGGCCUCAAGAGCCCUGGACAAAACGGGCUCUAGUAACCAUGGAUGGGAUUUUCAACAGAGCGGAUUAGCUACGUUUUUGGGCCCUACCAAACUCCAGUGAGCACUGGAGCCCCACUUCUCUUGGGUAUCUUAAGGAAUUUCCAACCUCUGAGACUACAAGCAAAAACACAUAUACAUUGCUGAUCAAGAGCAAUCACAUAAUGGUUUUCUUUAACAUUUUUCUGCCUGUGAUCUUUGAGUGACUCUUACCGCUAUAUGAGUAAGAACCUCUCUUUUCCAAAAAUUUGUGCAGUUUUGCAGAAGUAUUUUUCCCUGAGAGGCAAAAACGUUAUAAAAAAUACUUUGCUUCUAGAUGCAUUGCUGUCUCUCCAGCUAUCAUUCAUCAUGCUGGCCAGGUUUGAAGAAGUCUGUCUUUCCAAGGGGAAAAGGUUAGCUUUCACUUUAACUUGGCAAUGACUCAGGGCAUUAUUCAAGGUUGCUGAAAGAGGUUCUUUCUCCAAUGUCACAUUUUUAAUUCUGCAAAGACGUCCUUCAUUUUUCAUGUAUAUUCCACCAGCACCUGAAUUAAUUUGGGCACAGAGACUGCAAGAAUCUUCUGAAAACCAAAGUGCUGAUAUUUCCAUGGGUGUGCAGAGUGCUCAGGAUCACUACAGUCCCAAUGCAGAGAAACUGAAAAUCUGACCUCUACAGCAUUGGCAGCACUAGAGCUUGGGGAUCUCAAGAAGAAAAUUGAAUCUAGGUGCUCCUCUUUGUCAUUUUUGUGUAAGUGCUCAGAUAACUAGGAAUCCACUCCUUAUUUACACUCUGUUGUAUUUAUUAUGUGACAUUAGUUUCUGUUGUAUUUUAACAGCAUAUAAAAUCACAUUGUAUAGUGUUUGUGCUUAUAGUUGGUGAGCAUCUAAACGAGAACUACUGUUUAAGUCCUGGGCUAUUUGUCGUAAGAGACUGGAAAAUAUAUACACUCCUUCUGGUACUAAAUAUCUUAAUAGGGUAUUAGAUGGUAUCCCUUGUGGUCUUUUCUUUUUAUUAGCAAGUUUCUGGGUUUUGCUUUUUAAAUUGUACUGAAAACGAUACAUUAUUUCAGCCCCAGCCCUGAUUUAGCCAAAUGGUUAGCCACAAGGCUAAUCUGAUUUUUCUAACUUGGUGUCAGCCUCAGCCUUCUCACCCAUUUGAAAGUGUUGGUUUAGUAUUUUAGUGCCUCAAAUACCUCCAAAGCUGUUUCUGCCCUGCAUGGAAGUAGCUUCUGGCAUUGCACCUUUAAACAGCUAUUUUUUGUUGUCAUUUUUUAAUUGAUAAAUAAAUGGAUACAUAACAACCAUGUUAGAGUUUGAAUCUCUAAGCAGCCCACAGGUAGUGUAUCUGCAUCCUUAGAAAUGUGAGGGAUGGGAUGUUCAUUAUCUUUAUAGCUAAUUAUCAGAGCAAAUUCUUUGCUAUAGAAACAGCAACUAAAAGGAGACAAAAGUAGGGCUCUAAAAUGUAUAAUUUCUAAUGGUGGAGGAUGUAAGAAAGGCAACAACAAGCACCAUUGGAAGAGAAGAGCCAGUAAUUGUCUAAGUGAGAGGAAUCUCCUGUAUGUCUGAAACUCACAGAGUAUGUAAUAAGGAUGAGUAACCGUGCAUUUUAGUGCCUUGUUUCUUGUAAACGAAUCAUAAAUUACUAAAUAUUAAUCAUGAAGAACUUCUGAGAAAAUGUAUCUAAAUAUUGCUAACAGAAACUGUAUAUUCACAGAAAAGUCAAUAAAUCCUCAACUAUUGUUAAGUAUUAA